AUGGGCAAGCCCUCGUUUGAUAAACUUUUCCAAAAUAUGCGGCGGCCAGUGCGCGCACACUGGCGCACGAUCCUACAAUUCUUCGAAUCCCAGUGGUCGCGGCGGCCAGCGGCCAAUACGGGUCUCAGGUUACGUCGCAAUGAUCUCAUUGGCCGCUGCGACCGCUGGCCGCUUGCGGCCAGGUGCGCGCACUGCGAAUAA